UUCGCGCCUAUUCUACCCACGAUUGAGAGAGCACGACUCUUUCCAUUCCCAACAAGAUUGAUUUUCACAAACAGCAUAGGUCUCUUCUCCUUGCCUUCAAUUUCUGAAACGGAGCCCUAAUUCAUUUUCUUCAUCACAGCUCCAAACCACCAUUGAAGUUACUUACUCAAAUUUUUCUUUUGAAAUCAAAAACCUCUUGAAAUUUUUGGGUGAGGCAGUACCGGAAUCAGGGAAAGAUAAAGGAUCUGCGAAGAGGAUGCAUGGUUACCAGCAACAAAACCAAAAUCUAAUAAAAGAAAAGGCAGAGGUUUGACAACAUUACCAGAUGUCAUAAAGGAUAGGAGUUCUGGUGUACAAAAAGCCAUUGACGAUAACAAGAAUGGUCAAUCAAUUGGAAACAAUUCAAUCAAAUGUUCAAGCUAUCAUGGGGUGUUGCACAAUCGUUUCGAUAUGCUAUAAAGACUGGUUUGAGGUGCCAGAUGAACUAAAAGAAAAAUUGUGGAGUUGUGUGGAGGGAAAACCGUGUAAACUCGCGGUAGGUUCCAUUGAAAAUAUUGUUGCUCAUGGUAUGAUGUAUGAGAGAAUUGAACCCAAUGAAGCCAUUUGUACAGUGCCAUUAGGAGAAUCCAAUGUACGUGUGUUGAUUCAAGUUGCUAUUCAAAAAGAUGCCCCACUUCCUAUAGCUAUCCCAGAUGAGAUGCUUAUUAUUGGACAAGCAGUGGGAUUUUUUGUUGCUUGGCCCAAAAAUCUUGUAUUUGUCGAUGAUGAGGGAGCUUUAAUUAAUGUUGAAUGUGGAAAAUAUCAAGAGCCCAUUCAAUCUUUUGUUUCAUUAGUCGAGUAUAUCAAGUAUGAUGAAGCCAUGCACAUUCCACUAGAGAAAAACAUAUUUGGGGAGGAGAUCAAUAUCCAACUUCAAAGAGUAUAUAUGGAGUACAUAUGUCAUGUAAAAGAAUUAUCUGUUACAUGUAUCAUGUUGUACAUAAGUCAUCUCCAUCAGGUGUUGAAGACUUCCAAUUGGAGGAAACAAUUUGUAUUUGUUAACCCUUGUGUCGUUAGUGGAAAAACUAUGGCUGGGGAGAAAUCAAAAUCAGUGUUGCUUGCAAGAAGAUUAGAGGAGACUAUGCUAGAACAAUUGAUUUUAAUUCCUUAUAAUAUUGGUUCUUUGAAAAUUUAUGAAACUACCCAAAGGAGAAGAAGGACCAAUCCAGUUUGGAAAGUAGUUCAGGUAACCAAUAUCAUUUUCUCUAAUUUUAUCAUACUUAUAUUUGUGCUAAUUGUUGUUCAACUUGAUCAUAACGCUUUAUGUGUAGUUUCUAAUAAUAAUGAAAAUGCUUUCAUGUAAUCCCCUCAGCAACCCACAAAUGUGGAAUGUGGAUUUUAUGUAAUGAGAUAUAUGAAAGACCUUAUUAGAGAUCAAAACAUCCUAAGAAAACAAAAUGCUAGAUAAAUUCUAACUUUUAUUACUAUUUUAUUCAUGAUAUUUGUACAUUAUUAUCUAAUUGUUUCUAAAUAAUCUCUUGCAGUUCAAUGAAAAAAAAACUUAUACGGAAACCGAACUUGAUGAAGUGCGAGUUGAAUGGAUUAAUUUCGUAGUAAAAAAUAUGAGUUGAAAUCCAACAUGCAAAUAUGAUAUAACUUCCGUUCUUUAAAUUGCUAAUAAACAAUUUCUUUAGUUGAUAAGAAAUAUAUAAUCACUUAUUGAGGUGUGACUUAUUGAGGAAUAUAUGACUUAUUGAGAAAGCACUGGCACUUCAUGAUAACUCUCAAUUUCCGGCCUUGGUCCUUAGCUUUAUUGUUGUAUUUGAUGAUCAUUGUAACCUUUUUCAUCAUUAAAUUUCUUUUGUGAGACUAAAACAGUCUCUACAAAUGAUAAGUUUAAUCAUAUAUGUUUCUGGCGGUUUCUGAAUUAAUUUGUAUUUUUAUUUUUCAGAUUAGAAAUUUCUUGAGGAG